GAAAGGUAGAAGUAGAAGAUGAAAAAACGGAAGGAGACACCCUGGCCUGCACUAGUCCGCAGGCAACUGACUUUCGUCAAUGGAACGGGUUCCAGUCAAUGAAAAAACAUAGUGCUCGGAGAUGUGCCAGAUUUAUGACUUUAAUACAACAUGGAUGUCUCGAAGAGGAAAAAUGCAUCUCAUAGGGAUUGGACCCGGAGUGUUGAGUAAACUCAUUGAUUGCACUCUGGAUACCGUCCUCUUUUUUUUUUGUGUCUGGAUGAAGAUUUUGUUGUACUUUCAUUUUCAAAAGUGAUGCCAUCAGCACACAGCCAAAAUCAUUUCAUCAUGGAAAAGCAGAAAACACUGAAUAGUGUUGCGUCCGCACAGCCGGGUGGGGAGUCGAGUACCUUCAUCUGCGCUGAGUGUGGUGAUGGGUUCAGUCAGUACAGCAGUGUUCUUACCCACAUGGUCAUUCACGGACCUUUGGAAUCAUUUUCUUUUGAUGGGUCAUCCAAUGGAUUUGAAGUUCCACGGGAAUAUGUGCUUCAAGAAAACGGGACACUCACAGUUGUGAAUGGUCUGGUUCAAUCGCAUCAUUUAAAUUCCUCUCCCUCCAAUGUAAAACCUGUAUCUCCUGGAGCAUUACCAUCACAUUUCCCACCCCCCAGCAAACCAGUGUCCCCAUCUCCUGCGUUAUAUUCCUCUCCUUAUAAAGACUCGUUCAAGCCAAGGCAAUCUGACUCCAUCCUGGAUAAGUCUCGGCAGGGCUAUUGCCGGUGCGAAAUAUGUAACAGAUCAUUUAACAGCUUGCAGAGCUUACACCGUCACCAGCAGUAUAGAAACACAGAGAGAGGGUACAAGUGCACUUUAUGCUGUAAGAUCGUUGAAGAUAGACUGGAUCUCAAGAAGCAUCUCCAAAGCCACAUUAGUGAGCGAUUUCACUGCUGUGGCUCAUGUGGCAAGAGAUUCCUGAAAGUGGAUGCACUAAAUGCCCAUCAAAAGGAAAGUCACUUCUCUUCUAAAACUUUCGGCAAGCCAGACAAGCAGGAGAAAAAGUGUGAGAAAUCCUAUACUUGUAAGAAGUGCCAAAUAAGUUUCUUCUGGAUGUCUGAUUUCCAAACACAUUCACUGUAUCAGUGCAAGGGAAAAGAGCUGAGUUCUAGCUUUGGAUCUGAAAUUGGGGUGAAUUCUAAAAUUCUUGAACGCAUACAACCUAUAAAGAGCCACAGCAAUGGUACAUCUAUUAAUAUUAAAAAUGGGCACAGAAUGAUCUUGAAAGACACCAGCUGUGAAAUUGACUCUUUACCCACUUUCACACCAUACCGCUGUGGUUUAUGUGGGGAUCGUUUCGACAAAUUAACUGCUCUAAAGGAGCAUCAUGUCACACAUCAAACUCAGGAAGAAAUAGAUCAGCUGAAUCAAGAAUCCCAAAAGGCAUUUAAACGAAGGGUGCCACCUAAAAGCAGGCGGAGAAGAGGUAGCAAUCCCAAUGGAAAGCUGCAUCCUUGCAAGCACUGUCACCGUGUCUUUAAUCAUUCAAGCAGUUUAUCUCGCCACAUGAGAUAUCACAAAGGUACAAUGCACGCUUGUACAUUUUGUGGUAGACAUUACCCUCAGCGUUGUGAUUUGAGAAGACAUCUAGCCUUGUACCACAAAACUGAACUGGAAAAGAAGCCAGGUUUAAUAUACUUGUACACAACGUCACAGUAUGGGCCUUCCCCCAGUAUCGUGGAUGAGGAGAAAAACACAAGCUCUCCUGAUGAAAACACUAGGGGCUCCUCAGACAAUGAGCUGUCAUCUACAGAGCAGAGUCCAAAAGACAAGCAAUCAGGAAAUACAGGCAGAGGUAACUACAAGUGUCAGGAGUGUGGAAAGAAAUUUGGGUUCCGAUGCCUAUAUCAAAGACAUUUGCGGUAUCACAAAAAAAAAACACACAAGUGUCCCCAGUGCCCAGCUCUGUUUAAGAACUCUUGGUCCCUUCACCUUCAUCUUCAAAAUCACCCAAGUUUGGAGCAAGUAGAUGAUGGUCAAAGAUCAUCUGUCAAUGCUGCCGUUAAAGACCAGUCUCUAAAAGAAUAGGGCAGAGGGCAUAGAGGAUGAGUACUUGGAUCUUAAACAAAAUGAAAAAGAAAAGUCUUCAGAGGAUCUUUAUGAAUGCACUGAGUGCACUAAGACAUUCUUAUGUUUGGACACAUUUCUUCAGCACCAGACAUCUCAUAGCUCUGACAAAAAUGGCUGAUUAGUGAGUACCAGAAUAUAAUCCAUGGGUGGAGUGUAUACAGAUGACUAUUUUAUGGACAUAGGCCUACAUGAGUAACAUGAAAGCUUCAUUCUAAUAUCAACACAGAACCUAUGGUUUAUUUUGUGCAGGGGAUUCCAUCAACUGACUAACAAUGGUAAAUGUGUUGUUUUUUUUAUAUGGCUAACAUGUUGUAAAUCAUCGUGGUUCAUUUACCAUCGUGUUUUAGUUGGAAAAAUUUGAUCCUUGUCAUUUUUUAAAAAUCUGUUUGCAUAAAAUCAUAAUUUUGAAAGUAUAUAAUUGUCACCUUGUAGGUGGAAAUUAAAAAAUGUAUAGAAAUUACUUUCAUGAUCUCCAGUUUUCCUUUGACUAUUGUAUCUGUUGUUACUAGAAGAUCACCAUGAAAACCCAUCUAAAAUGAUAUUCAUUAUAUAUCAAAUUUGUGUUCAAAUAUACGCAAAUGUGUUUAGUACUAAGUUCCAAAGCAACUAUGUACUUUGAGUAGCCUUCAGCCUUGAGUUCUCCUGCAUACAGGGGAAGUGCAACCUUUUCUACUGCAUAAGGAGUUUUGAUUUGCAGUGGAAGUUUGGUUUGUCGGCCAUUUGACAGCAGCACUAAUGAGCUUUGAAACCCAUUAAUUUCCACUGACAUUGAUUGCACAAAUCCAUGUAUUUGACUUGGAAAACUUUCUCUUUUUCUAGCAUAGAGCAUACUGCAAGUGCCUUGGUGACACUAUGAACAAUAUGCCUAGACCUGGAGGUCCCCCACCACCAAAAAUAAAAGGCAGGCUUGUAGCUUUGCUGGCUUUACCUUAUUUUUUUGCUCUGAACUCCACUAGUGUUGCACAUGACCUGAACGCAGGUUCAGGGCAUUCCAUUUGAUCUGAAAGGCACAUUUGUGAAGCGAUAGAACCUCUGCUGCUUCUUGGUACUAUUAUAUAGCAAUAGACCCAUAAAAAUUUACAAAAAAUAAUAAAUUGUUUCAAUCCUGCCUCAGAAAGCCUGAA